AGAGCCGGAUGGGAAGGCUCAAAGAAAGCGACCCGCUGUUCGAGCUGAUCCUCAAGUGGAUCCUGAGCUCAGAAUGGGACAUGACCCUGACUUUGAGAGAAGCUCUCCUCAAAUGUGAAGCCCUGAUCAAGAACCACAUCGAGUGUGAGGAGGGGAGCGAGUUGUCAAGAAAAUGCCCGGAGAUCGGCAAGUUCUUCAACGAGCUUCCUCUGACCAAGGCCCUGGACCACUUCGGGAAGAGCGUCGCGGUUGAGCAGCGGAGGUAUGUUCCUCCCACCUUCUCAGAGAUAAGACAAAUUUUCAACAUCGCACAAGUGUAUGCUCUGGAGGGACAGGCUAAACUCCUUACCUUCGAUGCUGACGACACCCUCUACGAGCAUGGUAUGGACCUGGAGGUGGGUUGUUGGCUUGUCGACGCUCUACUUGCCCUCAUGGAAUCAGGCAUCUACAUAGCUGUCGUCACCGCUGCUGGCUAUCCUGGCAAGCCGCAGCGGUAUGCGUCUCGUUUCAAGGGCCUUCUGGAAAGGAUGCGGGAGAAGAAGAGUCCACCAGACGUUACAAGCAAGUUCUACUGUGUGGGAGGGGAGUGUAACUACCUCUUCCGCAUCAAAGAGAACUAUGAGAUGGAAGAGGUGGAUUCGACUGCUUUCUAUACUAAGGAGAUGAAAUCCUGGAGUGACGAAGACAUCAAGGACAUGCUGGAUGUCGCCGAAAAGGCGCUGAGAGAUGCGUGCCAGAGGAUGAAACUCGAUGUUCAGUUCCUCAGGAAGCAGCGAGCAGUGGGCUGCUUUCCAACGAAGGCUGAGGAUCGCAUCGCAUAUGAAGCUCUUGAGGAUGUAGCCCUGGCCCUGCUCUCGUCUAGAAAAGGGAAGCCUGGAGUCCCGUUCUGCGCAUUCAACGGGAAUAGAGACGUUUGGGUUGAUGUUGGAGACAAGCGCUAUGGGAUCGAGGCGUUGCUAACAUACUUGGUAAGUGAGGAAGGAGCCUGUUCAGAUUUGUCAGACAUAGAAGGGAAAUACACCUGUCACCUGGGAGAUAGGUUUACUUUGACCGGGAACGACAAGAGCUCGAGGGCUGUUGCAAGCACAGUGUGGUAA